AUGCCAAAAAAAAGAACGAUGACUGAAGCAGGCUACUCUAGGCAAGAAAAUAAGAGGCCCAAAUGUGAAGUACAUAGCAGACUGAAGACUAUCAGUCACAUAAACAUACAAGGGAUCAAGACGAAAGGCUAUCAAGUAGAAGAAUUUAUCAAAGACAUCAAUCCGGACAUAAUAGGUUUCUGCGAACUAUAUUGUGAGAAGGAGGAGGAACUGCCACAAAUAAGGGGUUACAGGUGAGUGAUGAGUUCAGGGACAAAUAGAAAGGCAGGGUUGGAAUACUGAUAA